GACUAUGAUUUUGAUAUUAGGUAUCGUGUUGGUGCUAAUAACCCUGCGGACGUGCUUUCCUGGCUCAUAUAAAGAAGUGCACAGACAGAACAAGUCGUUAAAAUCCGGGUAAUUCUCUUCCCGUUAUCCAAGGGUAAUUUAUCAACAUUCAUGAAUAUCGACAAAUACAACAACUUGACGCUAUACUGUAAAAUAUCGGGUAACUCUACUUUCUUCCCGGUCUCCAAGCCAAUAAAAAUGAUGGCCUAUGCGGAUGACCUCUUGGUUCUGCUCUCUUCCUCAAGAGAAUGGUCCACACUACUGAGCAUCAUGCAAACGUACCAUUCCGCCAGCAACGCCAAGAUAAACAUGCAGAACACAGUAUUGUUCCCACUUAACGGUUACCCACAUCAAGAGUGAUCAAUACCAUCAAGACUAUGCUUCUUCCGCUAUUCAUCACUUUUUUUUUGAGUCUGAAAGCCGAAACCGAAUAAAGUCUACACAGCUUCAAAGGAAUCACUUAAAACCUAAUCUCAAGUUUUACUGUAACACUGCAGCCAAAGUAUAGUUCAAAACCUACACAAACACCGACAUUUAAUACACGUGUAUUCAAAGC